AUGAGCCCCAGGAAAUAUCGUCAAAAUGUUUAUCAGGUUUGCGUAAAUAUUCUGAAAGCGAGACAUUUACCCCAAAAUGCAAAUUCAAGGGUGGUGGUUAGAGUGGGAAAGAAGAAGAGAAAGACCGUGAUUCGCAAGAAAACGGACUCUCCGAUCUUCAAUGAGUACUUCGUGUUCGAUCUUUUAUGCGACUUAGACGAACUUUUGAGCACUAAAAUUAUGAUAACCGUGUACGUGAAAAGUUUUCUGUGUUACAAAUUUCACGGAAACGCGAUUUUCGAAGUUGCUCUGGUGUGGGAUCAACCAGAUCGUCAUUAUUUUCACAAAUGGGCAAUGUUGACAAAUCCGAAGGAUCUUUCAGCGGGGCCGAAAGGCUACGUUAAAUGUAAUAUAGCGAUUAAUGUAAAGGGAGAGAAAAUGAAAGUGCAUCCGGAGACAGAGGGCGAGGACGACAUCGAGGGGAACCUCUUGCUGCCGGUCGGUGGCGAAUUUGUAGCCUACAGGCAACGAGCUUUGUACAUUUUUACGAUUUAUCGGGCCGACGGUUUGCCAGACAUGAGCAGUUUCUGUAUGAAAAGUGAUUACGAGAAUAUCAAUCCGUUUGUGCAGAUAUCGUUCGCCGGGAUGAAGCAAACGACAAGGGAGGAGUGGCAAACAUACAAACCAUUUUUCAAUCAAAAGAUCAUAUUCAAUGAAAUGUUUCCAUCUCUUUGUCAACGUGUCAGGAUAGUUAUUAAACAUCGCGUUAACACUUGUCGAACGUGCGUAGUCGCCUCUUACAUCCUAAAUCUGGCCAAAAUUUUCCAUUCCGGAAAGUACGAUUUCCUGCCGACUUUUGGCCCAUCGUUCCUUCAUUUUUACGGAAUCGGAAACACCGAGAGGAACACUUGUUUCGGCAAAUGUUUCUCAGCUCUUCCUUUGUAUCGAGGAAGAGUUCUCCUGUCCUUAAAAACUGAAAUCGAUGAUUCGGAAAUGACUUCUGGAAUUAGUACUGAAACAGAGCCCGCGGUUCCCAUUAUCGAGGUCUGUAUACAUUUUGCAUUGUUGUACGACGCGAGCAUGAUCGAUCGUAAGAGAUUUUGGAUGAGAUCGAUAAUCUUCGAGAUCAGCAUCGGGAACGCGGGCAACAAACAAUUCGGGCAUAGCCAAUCCUUCGACAACGACAAGGAAGGAAACCAGACGCCGGAUCGGAGGCCGGAGUUCGAGAGUCAGACCAUGCCGCGAUACACUGGGACGCUGGACGGGAAAUAUAAUUAUGUGCCUCUUGGAUCGCGAAAACCAUGCCUCUACGUUAAAUCCUGGUGGCCGAAUCUCGAGUGGCGGAUGCAUAACAGUAAUUAUUUGACUUUCAUCGCUAAUUUCCUGAAACGGCCAAACACGUGGCACUUGUACUUUCGAAAAUUUAUGAACACGGGAGUUAAAAAAGUGAUCGAGCGGAAAGUUUCCAACACCGAAUCGAAAGAAAUAUUUAAUAUAUCAGGAGCAAGGUUCUCACGGUGUAAUCGCGGAGAGGGAGCAAGUUUGUUUCGAAACUGGCACAGCGAUUUCCAGUAUAAUUUUAAUUCGUCUCGACAGGAGGAGAAGUUGGAGAAACUGGAAGGCAUGGUCGCGCUCGAGAGGGCUAAUGCUUACAUAUUUUACAACGCGAUGAUUCAUAACUUGAACAACUAUUGCCUCCGCUAUUUGGAUAUGUUAGACACUAGACGAUACGAUCACGAGGGCGGUACCACGAAGCUCGAUCGGUAUCGCGUGAAUUUCUGCCGUAACGAGAUCGAGAACAUUCUGAAGAGGAUCGAGAUCAACGGCCAACUUCCAAACAACAAUUACAUCAGGAUCGCUAUGGUGCACGGAUACCAAUAUCUCGGCAAACUGAAGAAGCUACGAGAAGAUCACAGUCUCCCGGACGUUUUCAUUUGGAUGAUAACCGGGUCGAAGCGGCGGGUGGCGUACGCCCGAUUUCCGGCCGAAAAAAUUAUUUACUCGGAGGAAGCGGCGGAGNNGGGAACGCUUUGCGGCCGUCGAAUGGACGUGUUUUUGAGAAAUCCAUGGGACAAGGAGGAGGCCGAUUAUAUGGUCUGCAAGCUUGAAAUUUUCCUCUGGCUUGGAAACGCUGAUUAUGUCGCUGCCUGUUGGUCCUCUAUCCCUCCUGGUUACAACGUGAAUCACGAGCAAACUAUCUACACGUUCCCGAAAUAUUUGGAGUACACUCAUUCCACGACAUUUCAGUUGCGUGCUCACAUAUUCCAAGGUCGCUUUGAUCCCGGUAUGGACACAUCCGGCUUGUUGGAUCCGCUGAUACGCGUCUGUUUCCACGGUUACUCCAUCUCAACCAGGGUUGUCAAGCAGACUCUGGACCCGUUCUGGGAUCAAACUUUGAUAUUGCCGCCGAGAACCGUGCACGGAUCCAAAGAGUACAUUAAAUUAAACCCACCUAUAGUUAUAUUGGAGGUGUACGACUUGGACAUAUGCGGUAUAAAGGAGUUUUGCGGAAGAUGCACGGCGAUUCCAUUAGUUAAACUAGCGGAGGAAACUUACUCCCCGCCCGAUUUCCCUCCGAAACUUGGAUGGUACAAAUUUAAAUCUCAAAGGGAUUUCUCUGGGUCGGUGCUCGCCGCCUUCGAGCUCAUAGAGGUAAGGGAUGACGAAGACCUGGACAAACCUAUUCAUCGCUCGAUGUUGGACACCAUUUACACUAUACCGGAAGAUAUCAGGCCGAAAAUGGCAAGUUACAGGCUCGAAAUAAUAUUUUGGGGAGUGAGAGAUAUGAAGAAACUGUAUUACAUGCCCGUGAUGAAUCCUCGGAUUACCAUAGAGUGCGGCGGUGUUGACAUCAAGUCGGAAGUAAUGAGAAACGUCAAAAAAUUCAGCAACUUCAAGAAACCUCACGUAAUCACCGAAUUGGAUAUGCCAGAGCUCGAAAUCUAUUAUCCAAGCGUGGUAAUAAAAGCGUUCGACUCGCGAGGACUCGGUUGCUUCAAGUAUGUUGGAAUUUGCAUCAUACCGAGUAUCAACAUAUUUCUGGAGCAGUUGAUAACCGAGGAUGAUUACGAAGAGCAGAUAUACGGGACGAAAAAGAUCUUCAAACCUGCGAAACAUUUAGAGGAAAAACCUGAAACCGUUCUGCCCCUGCCGAUCGAUUUCGAUCCGAAAAAAGAAGACGAGCACAAGAAAUUAAUUCCUUACAAGAAGAUGGGCGACAGAAUCUCAUGGAUCAAGAAGAUUUUUCGCUGUUUGAAACAUUUCUUCGCUCAUCUGAUCCACGCGAAAAGGAAAAAGGAAAAAAAAGAAUUUCUCACGAGCGACGACGACGAGUCGCUAGACUGGUGGACCAAAUACUUCGCUUCCCUAGAGGUAUACGACGGAGAACUGGAGAUGCAGCCGCAAUUCUCCGGCUUCCAGGAUCGUCUGAGAACGUUCGAGCUGUGGAAGGGGCGCAAAAGCGAGGAACCCGACUACGACAGCGAGAAUUACGUUGGAAAAUUCAAGGGGCGUAUUUGCGUGUAUCGCUGGCCGCACCCCAGCAACUUGCCUUGCAAAACGAGAAGCGGGAGAAGCGCGAAUGACGGCCUGUGCGACGAUUAUCCGCAUUCGGAGUCUAUCAAACUCGUGGUUAGACUUUACGUGGUGAAAGGCAUCAACUUGCAGCCUCAGGAUCCCCUAACCGGAAAGUCUGAUCCGUAUAUCUGUAUCCGGCUUGGUAAAACGUAUAUCAGCGACCAAAAGAAUUACAUACCGAACCAGCUAAAUCCAACUUUUGGACGGUUCUUCGAGAUAGAGGCAGUUUUCCCCCGCGAUUGCACGAUGAUCGUACAAGUAUGGGAUUACGACGCGACCACUAGCGACGACCUGAUAGGGGAGACGAAAAUCGACAUCGAGAGUCGAUUCUACAGCAAACACCGUGCCACGUGUGGCAUAUCCAAGAUAUACGCGACUGAGGGGUACAAUCAGUGGAGGGAUCGCGAGAAACCGACCCAAAUACUCGAACAGCUCUGCAGGAAGAACAAUCUUCCGUUGCCCGAGUACAGGAGACAUUACGUGAAAAUCGGACGGAAAAAGUUUCCCUUCGACGAAGCCGAGCAUCCGGAAUCCGAAUUAAAUGAAUGUAUGGCGUUGAGCGUGCUCCAUCAGUGGCAAAACUUCCCCAUUUGCGGCUGCUACCUGGUUCCGGAACACGUGGAGAGACGGCCGCUUUUUAAUAUAGGAAGACCCGGGUUGGAGCAGGUUGUAACGCGUUAG